UGUUGUCGUCGUCGAUCUAACGACGACGACGACGACGACGACGGCUUCGCAAUCGGAGGAAGAAGAAGAGGCAGCAACGAAGCCGACGGACGUCGACGGACGCCUGCUGUCUCCUCCUGGACUACUACUACUACUACUACUACUACUACUACUACUACUACUACGAAUACCAAAACUACUACUUCAGAAGGAUAACGAAGAAAACUACGACGGCCUAUCGUUCUUUCUCCUGUUCUUCUAUUUCUUCUUUUUCUACUUCUACUUCUUCUUUUUCUUCUUCUUCUUAUUCUUAUUCUCCUAUAACGAAAGACGAGCUAUUAGAGAAGCUCCAGAAGAAGCACGACCCUACCAUCACCAUCGCCGCCACGGCUUGGAUGGAUACUGUGCAUUAUUUCUGGAGUGCAUCCACGUCGCCGUCAUCCUGACCUGCCCGAGAAAUCCUCAUGAAAGACUGGGAUCUCAAUACUCAGAAUAGCAUCGGCAGUGCGGUGGCUGCAGCCGACACCAUUUCCGCGCCGUGGACUCCCGCGAGUUCCGGGCCGCCGCCCGACGCCAACGGCUCCGGCUCGGAUACGAAAAAUCUCGACGUUGGCGAAAUUAGCGAUGACGAAAAGGAUCUGUCAGCAGCGGACGCGGAGGGAGUAUGGUCUCCGGAUAUCGAGCAAAGCUUCCAGGAAGCUCUCACCAUAUAUCCGCCAUGCGGUCGACGCAAAAUUAUCCUUUCCGACGAAGGGAAGAUGUACGGUCGGAACGAGCUGAUCGCUCGUUAUAUCAAAUUAAGGACCGGUAAGACGAGAACACGAAAGCAGGUCUCUUCUCACAUACAGGUCCUAGCCAGGAGAAAACUUCGUGAGAUCCAGGCGAAACUCAAAGUGGAUCAUGCCGCCAAGGAGAAGGCUCUCCAGACAAUGUCGAGCAUGUCGAGCGCCCAGAUAGUAUCAGCUGGGAGUGCGAUACACAACAAGAUGCCCCCUGCCCUCGUGGGGCCCCUUGCCCUUCACGCUUCCACCCCUGUCUCCUAUCCCGGAGCGCAAUUCUGGCAACCAGGUUUGCAGCCAGGAACGUCCCAGGAUGUCAAACCGUUCCCGCAACCUGCGUACACCGGUAAACCGGCGACGGCGGUCUCGAGCGGUGACAUGGUCCAGGCACAACCUCCACCACCAUGGGAAGGCCGAGCCAUUGCCACUCACAAGCUAAGGCUGGUUGAGUUUUCGGCAUAUAUGGAGCAACAAAGAGACCAGGAUAUUUACCACAAGCAUCUGUUCGUCCACAUAGGAGGAUCAGCGACUUAUGCCGAUCCAUUACUCGAAGCCGUCGACGUUAGGCAAAUAUACGAUAAAUUCCCGGAGAAGAAGGGCGGUUUGAAGGAACUAUACGACAAGGGACCCCAAGCUGCCUUUUUCCUCGUUAAAUUCUGGGCCGAUCUCAAUACCAAUAUUCAGGACGAAACUGGAGCGUUUUAUGGCGUGACGAGCCAAUACGAAAGCAACGAGAACAUGACGAUAACGUGUUCGACGAAAGUUUGCUCCUUCGGAAAACAGGUGGUGGAAAAGGUGGAAACGGAGUACGCCAGGUUCGAAAAUGGCAGGUUCGUCUAUCGUAUCAGCCGUUCACCGAUGUGCGAAUAUAUGAUUAACUUCAUCCACAAGUUGAAGCACCUGCCAGAGAAGUACAUGAUGAACAGCGUUCUCGAAAACUUCACCAUCCUUCAGGUUGUAACGAACAGGGAUACACAGGAAACGUUAUUGUGUACGGCGUACGUGUUCGAAGUAUCGACGUCAGAACACGGUGCCCAACAUCACAUAUACAGAUUGGUCAAGGACUAACCUGAUCGAACCUGCUCGUCAUGCAGCCAUCUACCCCCAUCAGUGCCUACCAUCACAUAAAAAAAGAAUCAUCCGUAUGCGUAUAUAUACACACUAAUUAUAUACACUAAAUACAUACAUAAAUGCACCACCACCACCACACGCGCGAGAAGAAACACGAAUAUGUGAAUACUAUGAAAUAUAGAUAUAUACUGUUCGUAAAUCAUACACUAUACAUUUAUACUGUUUACAUAUACACCCGGGAGA